UCUCCUACUUGCUCCGGCCUCUGCUGCUCAGGCUUUCCUCCAACUGAACCCUGUCUGUGCUUCCCCGGGUCCCUGACUGCAGGGUCGCUAACAGUCAAGUGCUACUAAUUGCCUGGUUCUUCGCUAAGCGCCUUACACGCACUACCUUAUAGCAUGGUCUAGACACCAUCAUAAACCCAUUUUACAGAUGAGGAGGCCUCAAGGAGCGCACACACAGCAGAGAAGCAACAGAUUCGGGACUCAAACCCAGAUCCCUGAACAUUUUCUUCCUCACCCUUGGGAGAAGAGCCACUGGCUGAAUGGCAGCUGUGGAUGACUUACGGUUUGAAGAAUUUGGUGAUGGAGCCACACUGUUAGCAGCAAACCCAGAUGCUACCACGAUAAACAUCGAGGACCCCAGUGUAUCUUUCAAACACCAACCCAGACCCCCCGGGAGCUUGGGGAGACAAGAGGAUGAGGAGCUGCUGGGGAACAAUGACUCUGACGAGACCGAGCUCCUUGCCGGUCAGAAGAAAAGCUCUCCCUUCUGGACAUUUGAAUACUAUCAGACAUUCUUUGAUGUGGACACUUACCAGGUCUUUGACAGAAUAAAAGGGUCUCUGCUGCUGGUCCCUGGAAAGAACUUUGUGAGGCUGUACGUCCGCAGCAAUCCAGAUCUCUAUGGCCCCUUUUGGAUAUGUGCCACGUUGGUCUUUGCCAUAGCAAUUAGUGGGAACCUUUCUAACUUCUUAAUCCAUCUGGGAGAGAAGACAUACCAUUAUGUGCCCGAAUUCCAGAAAGUGUCCAUCGCAGCAACUGUCAUCUACGCCUAUGCCUGGCUGGUUCCUCUGGCCCUCUGGGGCUUCCUCCUGUGGAGAAACAGCAAAGUGAUGAGCAUCGUUUCCUAUUCGUUUCUGGAGAUCGUGUGUGUCUACGGCUACUCGCUCUUCAUUUAUAUCCCCACAGCAGUACUGUGGAUCAUUCCCCAGAGAGUGGUUCGUUGGGUCCUUGUCGUGAUUGCCCUGAGCCUCUCAGGGUCUGUGUUGGCAAUGACAUUUUGGCCAGCUGUUCGUGAGGAUAACCGGCGUGUCGCCUUGGCCACCAUUGUGACAAUCUUGUUGCUUCAUGUGCUGCUCUCUGUGGGCUGCUUGGCUUACUUCUUUGACGCUCCAGAGAUGGACCAUCUCCCAGCAGCUAUAACCACUCCCAACCAGACAGUAGCAGCGGCCAAAUCCAGCUAACGAGGAAAGCAAGUGGUGGCAUUUCAUCUUGCGUGCUCUCUAACUGCUGGGGAGGUGUGGCUCUUCUGGACACAACAUCAACUACUGGAAAGCAGGAUGGCCAGCAUCAGCAAGAAACUCAUUGUCUUCACACUGAAGCCUCGAGGUGUGGCUCUUCUGGACACAACAUCAACUACUGGAAAGCAGGAUGGCCAGCAUCAGCAAGAAACUCAUUGUCUUCACACUGAAGCCUCAUCAUCCAUUAACAAGAAUUAAGAGUUGGUCUGAGGUGUCAGGCACGUAGUAGAACACUUGCCUCGCAUGUGUGGGGCCCUGAGAGCCCAGUCCUGAAAGUAAAGUGCAGUGAGGAUGCUUAGCGUGUA